AUGCCAGAAGAGGUACUACAGGAUGGCCUGGGGGCCCCUCUAGAGGGGCCCCCCGGCCUUUUAGCUGCUUUAGAGGAGCUCAGUGACCUGGAAGUGCUGCAGCAGCAGCAGCAGCUGCUGCUGCUGCAGCAAAUCCUAGAUGAGAUCAAGGAGAGAAGCAGCAGCAGCAGCAGCAGCAGCAGCAGCUUGCUGUCUGAGGAGGAGUUCAAGGGCCUCUGCAGCUCCGUGCUGCUGUCGCCUGCAGCAUGCAGCAGCAGCAAGCGCAGCAGCAGCAGCUGGCGCUGCUGCUUCUCCCGCCUGCAAGCCGCAGCAGCAAGGGCUCUCGCCCAAGAAGCAGCAGCAGCAGCAGCAGCAGCAGCAGCAGGAAGCACGCCCCAGCAGCAGCAGCUGCCGCUGCUGCAGCAGUUUUGCUCUACGCUGCAGGCCACCAUGAAGGGCCUCGGCCGCAGCGCAGCAGCAGCAGCUGUGGGCAGCAGCUUCCUCUCCGUGCUGCUGCUGCUGCCGCCUGCUGCUCUUGCUGCUGCUGCUGCUGCAGACUGCUGCAGCAAAAGCAUAGGGGGUGUCUUGCUGCAGAUAGAGCGCGUUGCUGCCGACGUGUUUGCUGCUGCAGUCGCCCGCCAGAGCCGGCACAAGCAGGAGCACCAGCAGCAGCAGCAGCAGCAGCAGCAGCAGCAGCAGCAGCAGCAGCACGAAGAGCAGCAAAUUCAAAUCGAGCAGCUGCUGCAGCGCCAGGCCCUCAAGCUUCCCUGGGCCAAAGUGCUGCAGCAGCUGCUGCUGGUGUCUCCUAAGGCGAGGGCGCAUGCGCUACAGGUAGCAGAGAACACCAUUAGCAGCAGCAGCAGCAGCAGCAGCAGCAGCAGCAGCAGCAGCAGCCUUUGCUGCUGGCUGCUUUGCUGCUGGGCCUGCAAAGUUCUGCUGCGCAGCAAAGGUAAAGGGGGGACUGCUGCUGCUGCUGCUGCUGCUGCAGCAAAAAAGGAGGCUCUGGACUUGCGAGAGAAGCUCCUGCACUUGUUCCUCCAGGUAACAGCAGCAGCAGCAGCAGCAGCAGCAACAGCAGCAGCAGCAGCAGCAAAAGCACGCGCGAGCGAUGCGGCGCCAAUGGCUGCGCUGCAGCAGCAGACCCCACAGCUGCAGCACCACAGCAGCAGCAGCAGCAGCAGCAGAGCAGCAGCAGGACUGCUGCUGCUGCACGGCGGCAAGACUGGGAGGCCCUCACCCAGCAGCAGCAAAAGGCUUUGCCCGCUCGCUGGAUGCUGCGGGGCCCCCGCUGCUGCUGCUGCUGCGCCACUCCGCUGCAGACACGAGCGGGUACGCUGCUGCUGCUGCUGCUGCUGCUGUUUCUGUUGCUGCUGCUGUUGCUGCUGCUGUUGUUGCUGCUGCUGUUGCUGCUGCUGUUGCUGCUGCUGUUGCUGCUGCUGUUGCUGCUGCUGUUGCUGCUGCGGGUGCUGCUGCUGCUGCUGCUGCUGCGUGGCCGUUGCGGCAUUUGCAGGCGCUGCUGCUGCUGUGCUGCUGCUGUUGCUGCUGCGCAGCUGCCUGCUGCUGCUGCUGCACGAGCUGCUGCCGACUCUGAAGUCAGCAGCAACACUUGCUUUGUCAGCUCGGGGCCGUGCUGCACUUGCUGUCAGCAUUAUUAAGAGAGCAGCAGCAAACUGCCGCAGCGCAGCAGCACCCUUCACGGCGCAGCAGCAGCUGCUGCAGCAGCUCAGCACUCCGGGGCUGAAGACUCUGGAUACCAUCGCUUUGCUGCAGGCAGCAACUGCAUGCACUCCCACCGCUCUGCAAGAGCCAACAGUGUCUGCUGAGGAGCUGCAGCAGCUGCAGCAGCACCUCAGCAGCAGCAGCAAAGUGCAUGCGCUGCUGGCAGCAGAUGUGAACGACGACGUGAAGGCCGCGUGCUGCAGUUUAUUGGGUCGCGUGCUGCCGCUGCUGCUGCGGCGCAGCAGCAGCAGCAGCAGCAGCAGCGGCGCGCCCGAGCAGCAGAAGCAGCUGCAGCACCUGCUGCAGCAGGGGCUGAAGCAGCUAGGCGGCUUCUGUGCUGCUGCCAACAAAAAGGGGACUGUCUCUGGAGAGCAGCAGCAGCUGCUGCUUGCUGCUGCAGAGGAAGCUCUGGAGAGAAUUGUGUCAGCAGCAGCUGCAGCAGAAGGGCCUGCAGCAGCAGAGACGCAGCAGGUGCUGCAGCAGCUGCUGCAGCAGCUGCUGCCGCUCCUCAGCGCAUGCAGCACACGAGCAGCACUGCGUGCUGCAUCUCUCAGGGCCUGGUCUUUGUGGCUGCUUAUUGAGCAGCUGCCGCAGGGAGCAGCAGCAGCAGCAGCAGCAGCAGCAGCAGCAGCAAAGCAGCAGCUGGACAGUGCACAGAGCCCCUCGCUUGCUGCAGCAGCAGCUCUCUGGGCAGAAGCAAAUUCGUGCUUCUCGCUUCCGACCCACAAGGCAAGUCCAGGCCCAAACCCUAAACGCUAA